GAAUGAGUAAACAUUCGCAGAUGCUGCUUGCAGCGGCAGCGGAAAUCGGUAUCGAUAAGACACACUGCGAUAAGGCUGAUAAGAUCCAUGAGCUAAGGUUCCUUCCCAACGUGACGCCAUGCGGCGUCUACGUCCUGACCACACUCAUUAAUGCGCGGUGGCUUCCGAACAUCAUCACAAUCACAGUAUAUUGAUGCGCACCAUCCUCGAUAAUCGACAAUAGGCUUGGCACUGCGCUGCACAAAUUAUUAACCGCCUUGGGUCUUCUGCGUAUGGGAGGUUCCGGAUUUGUCGCCGUGUCCCGACUUCCGACUUCCGCCCUCCAGCGAAGCAUUUACUUUUCCGAAUACCUCUAUGCUCAACGUAGCCAACUCUGCCACCGAGACGACGAGCUAGCACGAUUCAGAUCUCAUGGCGCGCCCUCAUGAUCCUCCCAUACUGGGCCAGCUUCGGACUGCGCGCACAACCACCGAGCAAGCCGCUGCGCUGCGGGCCUUGAAGAACGAUGCGGUUGGCCAUGUCCAGAAAAAGGAGCAGUGGAUCGGCCUCGGGGUCCUGGAGCCAAUUGUCCGCACGAUAGAAGCCGAUAAAGGCUCGUCAAAGCUGAAUGGGAAAUCAAAGCACAGGCGGUUUUCCUCGCGACCGCUCACGGGUGAAGACGACGCGCAGCUUCAAGCUCUGCAGUGCCUGGCUAGCUUCGCCAAUGGGGGCCCUGCUUUUCUCGCGCCCGUACUUGCCAGCGACGCCUUACCGGAGGUUCUAGCAAAAAUCUGUCCAUAUGCGAACCCGGGGAGAAUUGUGCUUGCGGCACUGCGCGUUCUGGAAGGAGUCGUGGAGUCUUCGCUCCUGGCCACGCCGUCAUCGCCGCACAAUACGCAAUCACUCGCCGAAGAGAUCCUGGUGGCGCCCUAUAUCGAAUCUUUCAACGCGAUACUAACAGGAUCGACGGAUAACCAUAUCAUCCAAGCACAGAUAGAAGCGGUCUGUAACUUGAUAUCGAAACUAUGCAAUGAAGAAAAGCAGCAGCAAGCGCUGACUAUGAGUGGCACAUUGGACGUUCUUGCUUUGCGACUAGCGAGCUUUGCAGUCGCUGAUGGAUCAGCAGUCCCAGGCGCUGUUGAAGCAGCAAAGCGAGACGGGCUGUUUGAGGCUUUCCCAGCGGCAGCCCCGUUGAGCGCAAAGCUGGACCCGGUAUUGCAAGCCAUUGCCGCUAUAGUCGGGGAGUCCAAAUAUCGUGCAGUGCGCCUCACUCUUACGCCUGCGAUCCUGGCUGUCUUUCCUGUUCUUCCGUUCCCGGCCCCAAAGUGGUUGAACACGAGCCGAGCGCUGUUGGGUUACCCCGUCGAGGAUGACGGCGAGAAUAUGGAUUUGUCGCCUCUAGAGUACGCCCUGCCCGCGGUACCUCUAGCUUCCUUCAGUGGAGGAAUAACCGCUCUCAAUGGCCUUGGCAGAGGAGCCGCAGACAUUGCAAACGGGACGCACACAAGUCAAGAUCAGCCGGAGAGCCCUCUCCUCCCGUGGCUUGUGCACCUUGUGCGGUCUCGGCAGGAUGAGGAGCGGUUGGUGGCAGCGUCACUACUUGCGCUGCUUUAUCGAGCAGGAUUGGGCAACUCGACUAUUCGCGAAGCGAGCAUUGGGCUGCUCGUUGUGCCGCUUGUGGUCAGCAUGAUUGCGACCGCCAUGGAGAAACCCGCAGCGGCAGGAGUUGCGGCACAAGCAAGGCAGCGUCAGAUCCUCGAGCAAGGUCCCGUGGUCCUGGCGCGGUUGAUACUAGACUCGGAGCACUUGCAAAGGGUCGCCUCCAAAUGCAAAGCUGUGUCGGUGCUCACAAGGCUGCUAAAGUUGUCGUACACCCCUCCCGACGUUCUUCAAGAACCGGGCUUAUGGACACCUUACCCAGAUGGCGACAUGGAAGUCGAGACGAACUCUCCAAAAACGCAACUGGGAGAUCAAGGCCAAAACCCUCGUAUUGCGCAUUUGAUCCGAGUGCGGGAGGGCGCGCUGAAGGCCGUUGCGGCACUGGCUUCAGGAAAGGAGGAGUAUCGUAAGGCGUUCAUUGCCGAAGACUUUCUGCCUUAUGUGACAGAGUCUUUGACUGAGUAUCCCCAGAAGCCACAGCCACCGCCGUCAGCAGCAAAAGAUCAAGCCAAGAACAGCAACUCCAAAGGCUCGAGACGGGCGUCGAAAAUUACGCCUGGAUACGGACGAAACUCUUUGGGCGUUCUCAUCGGUGCAUGCCAUGUGAUCAGAACAAUCUCUCGGUCCCUUAGCUCCUUGCGAACGGCGCUUGUGGAUCACGGAGUUGGUUUCCGUAUCCUCGAUUUGGUGAAGCAUCCCCAGCUAUGCGUGGCCAUCCCGGCGACUGCGGCGAUCACAAACCUUGUUGUGGAUGCGAGCCCGGUCUGCGAGCCACUGGUUGAAGCUGGCGUCAUGGGCGUGCUGUGUGAGCAUGCUCACGCCCACGACCCUGAACUUCGUCUCAGCGCCCUCUGGGCCCUCAAGCAUCUGGUUGAUGCACUGGGCCCCGACCAGAAGAAGGAGUGCCUUCGCGAGUUGCAGCCAGCAUGGCUGAUGGAGCUGAUACACAACGACCCUGAUGACGACCUUUCCCGCGUUAACGGCAACCGCUCGCAGGAUGAGGAUGACAUGGAUGAAGAAGAGGAUGAUGAAGAUGAAGAGGAGAAGGAGGAGGAGGAAGAGGAAGACGAGGACUCGAUGGGUCAUCAGCAUCGUUGGUUCAGUGGGGUUGACGGCGACUUUGUGGUGCUCGAUGCCUCGGGAUCUUCUCGGAUGCGCGCGGCGGAAGACCAGCUUGCCCAGGUACGGGAUAGGGAGCUGAAUCCUGCACGCAAGGCCCGCAACAACGACAUUGCGGUCCAGGAGCAGGCGCUCGACUUCAUCAGGAAUAUGAUUGGGCGACCGCCGAGCACCGCCUAUGCUUAUACGUCUGACGACAUGAGCUCGAUGAUUGACCACCUCCUCAGGGUGAUUGGGGAAGACCGGUUCUUUGGAGUUUUGAAGGCCAAGCUCCGCCCGAGACACACGCAACCCUUCUCCCGGCGCCGUGCUGGCUCCGGUCGCGACUCACGGGUUGUCUAUCCGCAGCCGCAAAUCAUCGCAGCCGUCAUCCACGUACUCGUCCACAUUGCAGGUAGUGACAAUGAGCACCGAAAACUCAUCAUGUCGCAGAGGGAACUGCUACAAUCUGUCACCCAGCAAAGCACCAAGGACAAGCAGGUUCGUUUGGGUAUAUGCCACUUGGCCAUGAACCUGAUGGAGUUCGACGAACGGUCCACAUUCGAGGAGGCCAAGACGCGCGCGUCUGAGUUGAAUGAGUUCGGAUUCACUGGCCGGCUCGAAGAGAUCAGAGGCGAGACGCGGGACCUGGACAUUAAGGAGCGGUCCAAGGAAGCACUGACGGCGAUUCAAAUACCUGCGUUUCACGCCUAUUGAUGGGAUCGCGCUUGGGAGGCCGCGUCCUUGGGAGUCGAGCCCAGUAGGAUUUGCUGGGUGUUGGACAGGAACCUAAUGCAUGU